GAGACCGGCCGGAGGCGGGUCUUGGCUGAGGUCUAACGGCGCCUGCGCGGACGGGAGCCCUACUGGAACAUGGCGACUUGCGCUGAAAUCCUGCGGAGCGAGUUCCCUGAAAUUGACGGACAGGUCUUCGACUACGUGACGGGCGUCUUGCACAGCGGCAGCGCGGACUUCGAGUCUGUGGAUGACCUGGUGGAAGCAGUGGGGGAACUGUUGCAGGAGGUGUCCGGGGACAGCAAGGAUGACGCGGGCAUCAGGGCUGUGUGCCAGCGCAUGUACAACACUCUGCGCCUGGCUGAGCCACAGACCCAGGGAAACAGCCAGGUGCUACUAGACGCCCCCAUCCAGUUGUCAAAGAUAACAGAAAACUACGACUGUGGCACCAAACUUCCAGGACUGCUAAAGAGGGAACAGUCCUCGACAGUGAAUGCAAAGAAGCUAGAGAAGGCUGAGGCUCGACUGAAGGCAAAGCAGGAGAAGCGCUCAGAGAAGGACACACUCAAGACCAGCAGCCCUCUAGUCUUGGAGGAGGCAUCAGCCAGCCAGGCAGGCAGCAGAAAGGAGAGUCGGUUGGAAUCAUCUGGCAAGAACAAAUCCUAUGAUGUUCGAAUUGAGAACUUUGAUGUGUCUUUUGGCGAUAGGGUACUGUUGGCUGGAGCAGAUGUGAACCUGGCAUGGGGCCGCCGCUAUGGACUGGUGGGCCGAAAUGGGCUGGGGAAGACAACACUCCUGAAGAUGUUGGCCACUCGGAGCCUGCGGGUUCCAGCCCACAUUUCCCUGCUGCACGUGGAGCAGGAGGUUGCUGGAGAUGACACCCCUGCCCUUCAGAGUGUGCUAGAGAGUGACACCGUGAGAGAGGACCUUCUGCGGAGGGAGCGGGAGCUCAGCGCCCAGAUUGCCACUGGCAGGGCUGAGGGCUCAGAAGCUGCACAGUUGGCAGAAAUAUAUGCCAAACUGGAGGAGAUUGAGGCCGACAAGGCACCUGCCAGGGCAUCAGUCAUUCUUGCUGGGCUUGGCUUUACCCCUAAAAUGCAGCAGCAGCCCACCCGGGAGUUCUCAGGUGGUUGGAGGAUGAGACUGGCCCUGGCCCGGGCCCUGUUUGCUAGGCCAGAUCUUCUGCUGUUGGAUGAACCCACAAACAUGCUGGAUGUAAGGGCCAUCCUGUGGCUGGAGAAUUACCUGCAAACAUGGCCCUCUACAAUCCUGGUUGUCUCCCAUGACCGCAACUUCCUGAAUGCCAUAGCCACAGACAUCAUCCACCUGCAUAGCCAGCGGCUAGAUGGCUACCGGGGAGACUUUGAGACCUUCAUCAAGAGCAAGCAAGAGCGGCUGCUCAACCAGCAGCGUGAAUAUGAGGCACAACAGCAGUAUCGCCAGCAUAUCCAGGUUUUCAUUGAUCGAUUUCGCUACAACGCCAACAGAGCUUCUCAAGUGCAGAGUAAACUCAAGAUGCUGGAGAAGCUACCGGAGCUGAAACCUGUGGACAAGGAGUUGGAGGUGGUGAUGAAGUUCCCUGAUGGGUUUGAGAAGUUCUCACCACCAGUUCUACAACUAGAUGAGGUGGAUUUCUACUAUGAUCCUAAGCAUGUCGUCUUCAGCCGUCUAUCCGUCUCUGCUGAUCUCGAGUCCCGCAUUUGUGUGGUUGGGGAGAAUGGUGCUGGUAAGUCUACCAUGCUGAAGCUGCUUAUGGGGGACCUGGCCCCUGUCCAGGGCAUCCGACAUGCUCAUAGGAAUCUGAAGAUUGGCUAUUUCAGCCAGCACCACGUGGAGCAGCUGGACCUGAAUGUCAGUGCCGUGGAACUGCUGGCACGCAAGUUUCCCGGGCGGCCUGAGGAGGAGUAUCGUCACCAGCUGGGCCGGUAUGGCAUCUCUGGAGAACUGGCCGUGCGCCCUGUUGCCAGCUUGUCUGGGGGCCAGAAGAGUCGGGUAGCCUUUGCUCAGAUGACCAUGCCCUGCCCCAACUUCUACAUUCUGGAUGAACCCACAAACCACCUGGAUAUGGAGACGAUUGAGGCUCUGGGCCGUGCUCUCAACAAUUUCAGGGGCGGUGUGAUAUUGGUAUCCCAUGAUGAGCGCUUCAUCCGGUUGGUGUGCCGGGAGUUGUGGGUGUGCGAAGGCGGCGGCGUCACCCGGGUCGAGGGGGGGUUUGACCAGUACCGCGCCCUUCUCCAGGAACAGUUCCGCCGUGAGGGCUUCCUUUAGGGUCACCAGGCCGAGGACUGUGCCCAGGACAUGGACUGGUCUCUCAGACCCCUGGGCCGCGAUAUAGGCAACCAUCUCCAGGCCACGGACUUCCCCCAACUUUGGGGACAGCCUUAUUUCCAAAUCUCCUUUUAACUGGAGCAUCCUCUGCAUAACCCAGGGAGCCCCGUCUAAGUGUCUGUGAGGACUGGUCUUCAAGGGAAGGGUGGGGGUGCCCGCUGGUUAUAGAUCCCCCCAACUGCCCCAGCUCUGACUGGGCCCCAAGUGGCUGCUGUGUAAAUUAAAUGUCCCCCUGCAUCUC